AUGUUUCACGUGAAAAAGCUGGAUUUUACGUUUGUCAGCCUUUUUGCCUUGCACAUGAACUACGUCAUCAGGAUUGAGCAGAUACCUUAUAUCUGUGUCUCUAACCCGUACUUCAUGCACGAGAGCUUGUUGGUAGUCUGCAAAGAGCACCGUGAAUACGCGAGUAACUACAUCGCCAAUUUAAUGGUCGGCAAUAAGGACAACGAGACGAUUCAGGUGCCUUAUCAUCCCAUCGACGGGCGUGCCGUCCUCAUCAUCCUUUACCCCCGAGUCUACUCACGCUAUUUACUUGGACUCAUCGAAGAACAUGAAGAAAAAGGAUUACACCCACAUCAAGUUCUCGAUAGUGCUAUCUUUACGUACAUCGUACGGGGUGGAGAGAUGUCGCACAGGAUGACAAGGAACCGCGCGCCCUGCUUUGUCUAUAAGACUGACUUCUACAGCAUCCAGCAACCGAGUGGUACUAUCAGUGAUCGAUUCUAUGUCCUCCACCACAUGCGGGAGUUCAGACGGGAUCAGCAGAACCUUCGCAUGUCACCUAGAUCCGGCGAUGCCCAUAUUCUGCAAUGGGCAAAGAACCUAGGAGAUAUCCCGGUUCAACGACUCCGAGCUAAGUUCUAUCACAUCCAGCGUGAACUUUCCCAAAUCAUCAUGAAGGAGGUCCUCAAAAAAACAAGGAUGUUCUACGAAGAAGGGCAAAUGUCGCGGGAAGACGUCCGAACACGCGUAGCCGCUCAACGUCUCGACAAGAAGCCUUUCACUACGCUCGGGGACUAUCUCCCUGACUUGCAUGGAUGGCACGACAUGUUCGAGUGAUUGACGAUAUAUGACAAUGUGUUUGUUUAGUCCAUACUUUCUCUAUGACGAAACUUUGAGUUAUGCACGAUGAAACUUUAUUUGUGAUGUAAUUAAACCGUCCUCAACUAGCGAAGAUCACUCUAGUUAGGGCAUUUUGGGUACGAUGAACUUUGUAUGCUUAUGAUAUGUUGCUUCUAUUUUUGCCAAGUCUGUCUC